AUGGCCCAGUGCGUGCAGUCGGUGCAGGAGUUCAUCCAGGACUCGUUCGUGCCCUUGGUGGCCGCGCUGUGCAGCGAUGAGGCGGAGAGGCUCACCCGCAAGAACAGCCUGAGCUUCGCCGAGCUGGUGAAGCCCUUCUGCCGCCUCACCUCGGAAGUUCACAUGAGAGAUCCGAAUAAUCAGCUUCACAUAAUUAAAAAUUUGAAGAUUGCCGUCAACAACAUUAUUACUCACCCACCUCAGCCCAGUGCCAUUCGAAAACUUUUGAAUGAUGUUGUGUCUGUCAGUCAGCCUGCUGAAGGACUAGUAGCUAAUGUGAUCACAGCUGGAGAUUAUGAUCUCAACAUUAGUGCUACUACUCCUUGGUUUGAGUCUUACAGAGAGUGCUUUCUUCAGUCCAUGCCUGCAUCAGAACAUGAGUUCUUAAACCACUAUGUUGCAUGUAUGCUUGUAGUUUCUUCUAGUGAACCAGAGCCUGUGGAGCAAUUUCUGAAGCUGUCUCAAGAACAACAUCGAAUUCAGCAUAGUAGUGAAUAUUUAUAUCCCAAGUGGUUUAUACCAAACACACUCAAAUACUAUGUGUUACUGCAUGAUGUAAGCACAGGAGAAGAACAAAGAGCUGACUGUAUUUAUGAAGAGAUGAAGCAGCGAUAUGGAACUCAGGGUUGCUAUUUGCUGAAAAUAAAUUCUCGGGUGUCUAAUAGAGGAACAGAUGAACAGAUACCAGAUCCUUGGAGUCAGUACCUUCAGAAGAAUACUAUCCAGAAUCAGGAUUGCUAUGAAGACUGUCCUUAUACUGUCAUUUCAAACAAGAAUACUGAUCACUUGGUAUCAGACGGCUUAGACAGUGAAAUUAAAGAUGGCCUGUCAAAUAACUUUAAGAUUCACCCCCUUCAACUGGAUCAUCCCAGCGGCAGUUUGGAUAGCACUGAUUGCAUAAAGGCUACUGCAUCAUUGCAAGACUCAAAGAAAUCAAAUUCUGGAACACCUCAUGGUGCUUGUUUAACACUCACAGAUCAUGAUCGAAUUAGACAGUUCAUACAGGAAUUCACAUUUAGGGGACUUUUGCCACAUAUAGAGAAGACAAUUCGGCAACUUAAUGAUCAGUUAAUAUCCAGGAAAGGCUUGAGUCGAUCACUGUUUUCCGCUACUAAAAAAUGGUUUAGUGGCAGCAAGGUUCCAGAGAAAAGUAUAAAUGAACUGAAGAAUACUUCUGGUUUGCUGUAUCCACCAGAAGCACCAGAGCUUCAAAUCCGGAAAAUGGCAGACUUGUGCUUUUUGGUGCAACACUAUGAACUUGCAUAUAGCUGUUACCAUACAGCAAAGAAAGACUUCUUAAAUGAUCAGGCAAUGCUUUAUGCAGCUGGAGCACUGGAAAUGGCAGCAGUAUCAGCUUUUCUUCAGCCUGGAGCUCCUAGACCAUAUCCUGCUCAUUAUAUGGAAACAGCAAUUCAGACCUAUCGAGAUAUCUGCAAGAACAUGGUUCUGGCUGAACGCUGUGUGCUGCUUAGUGCUGAAAUCUUAAAAAGUCAAAGCAAAUAUUCAGAGGCAGCUGCUCUUCUGAUUCGUUUAACCAGUGAGGAUUCAGAUCUUCGCAGUGCACUUCUGUUGGAGCAGGCAGCCCAUUGCUUUAUAAACAUGAAAAGUCCCAUGGUUAGAAAGUUUGCAUUUCAUAUGAUAUUGGCGGGCCAUAGAUUUAGUAAAGCAGGCCAGAAAAAACAUGCCUUACGUUGCUACUGUCAAGCCAUGCAGGUUUACAAAGGGAAAGGCUGGUCUCUUGCAGAAGACCAUAUUAACUUCACUAUUGGUCGCCAGUCCUUUACGCUUCGUCAGCUUGACAAUGCUGUGUCUGCCUUCAGGCAUAUUUUGAUCAAUGAUAGUAAACAACCUCCAGCUCAGCAAGGAGCUUUUUUAAGAGAAUAUCUUUAUGUUUAUAAGAACGUAACCCAGCUGUCACCUGAUGGUCCCUUACCACAGCUUCCUUUACCGUAUAUUAACAGUUCAGCAACCCGUGUUUUCUUCGGGCAUGAUCGAAGACCAGCAGAAGGUGAAAAGCAGGCAGCUACGCACGUAAGUCUGGAUCAGGAGUAUGACUCUGAAUCAUCGCAACAGUGGAAGGAACUUGAGGAGCAGGUUGUUUCUGUGAUAAAUAAAGGAAUAAUACCUUCAAACUUUCAACCAACACAGUUCUGUUUAAACCGCUACUCAGAUAACUCCAGAUUUCCACUUGCUGUGAUAGAAGAACCAAUAACUGUAGAAGUGUCUUUUCGAAAUCCUCUGAAAGUUCCACUUCUUUUGACUGACCUUUCAUUACUGUGGAAAUUUCAACCUAAAGACUUCAAUGCAAAGCAUGCUGGAGAAACAAAAGAGCUGGGAACGUGUGAUGAUGAUAUGAUAGGAACUGAAGCAAUAGCAGAAUUCUUAAUUAGUAGUGAGGAGACAAAAGUGGCAAGACUGAAGCUCUUUCCCCGUCAAACAGGGGAGCUACAUAUUCUGGGAGUCGUUUAUAAUCUUGGCACUGUUCAGGGUGCUGUGACAUUAGAUGGGAUAGAUCCUUCUAUUGGAUUACAGACAGGAAAGUUUGUCUCUAAUGGGUUAUCUGUACGAGGACGACAAGAUUUAGAAAUCCAAGGGCCUCGACUUAAUAACACAAAAGAGGAAAAAACAUCUAUUAAGUAUGGACCUGAUCGACGUUUAGAUCCCAUUAUUACAGAAGAGAUGCCUUUGUUGGAGGUGUUCUUUAUAAAUUUUCCUACAGGGCUUCUCUGUGGAGAAAUCAGAAAAGCAUAUGUGGAAUUUGUGAACGUAAGCAAGUGUCCUCUUACUGCAUUGAAGGUUGUGUCCAAGCAUCCAGAAUUUUUUACUUUUGGUGGAAAUACUGCUGUUCUAACGCCACUAAGUCCUUCAGCUUCUGAAAACUGUAGUGCGUACAAGACUGUUGUGACGGAUCCUACCUCUGUGCGUACAGCACUGCUAUCUUCAGCUUCUUCUGUGGACUUUGGGGUUGGCACAGGAGGUCAGCCUGAAGUAAUACAGGUCCCACUUCCCGAUGCUGUUCUUCUUCCUGGGGCUUCAGUGCAGCUGCCAAUGUGGUUACGGGGACCAGAUGAAGAAGGUGUUCAUGAAAUUAACUUUUUGUUUUAUUAUGAAAGUAUUAAAAGACACUCAAAAAUGUGUCAUAGAGUAUUAAGGCACACUGCAGUUAUUUGUACUAGCCGGUCUCUGCAUAUUCGAGCUACUAUCUGCAGAAGUAAUGCACUUGAAGAUGAAGAAGGCAGAGGGGACAAUAUGUUGGUGUUUGUGGAUGUAGAAAAUAUCAAUACUAGUGAGACUGGUGUUAAAGAAUUUCAUAUAGUACAAGUUUCAAGUAAUAGCAAGCACUGGAAGCUUCAAAAAUCUGUUAACAUCUCUGAAGACAAAGAUACUAAACUUGCUAGCAGAGAGCGGGCGAAGUUAUGCUUUAAAGCAGUAAGAUGCAAAAACUCAGAAGGUAGGUUCUCUCCUGAAUAAAAUUACACAUUUGCAGAUAUUGUCUUUGGAAAUGAACAGAUAAUAAGUUCGACCAGUCCUUGUGCAGACUUUGUUUUUCAAAGCUUAUCGUCUGAAUUUAGAAGAACACAUGUGCAAUCUCGUACUCACCCAUCUCAAAGGGCUGUGAAACAAUCAUUUGAUGAGACAGUCAAAUUGAUACAAAGAUGCAGUGAAGUUGAUUUGAACAUUGUUGUACUGUGGAAGGCGUAUGUUGUGGAAGACAACAAGCAACUUAUCUUGGAGGGCCAGCAUCAUGUUGCCCUCAAUGCAGUUGGGAAGGAAGCUUUUUCAUUUCCUCAGAAGCAGGAAUUACCAGAAAUGGUUCUCCUCAAGUUUUUUCGACCAGAAAACACACCAGUACCUGCAAGACCAACACCAGAGCAGCUUUCUAAUCUUAUCAAGACAAGUCUUCAUUAUCCAGAGUCUUUCAAUCAUUCUUUUCAUCAAAAAAGCCUCUGUCUGGUACCUGUCACUCUCCUACUUUCCAAUUGUUCCCAGGCUGUUGUAGAUGUAAUGAUUGAUUUGCGGCAUAAAACAACAAGCCCAGAAGCACUAGAAAUCCACGGAUCUUUUACAUGGCUUGGGCAAACACAGUAUAAGCUUCAACUUAAAAGCCAGGAGGUCUAUAGCUUGCAGCUGAAAGCUUGCUUCGUUCAUACAGGUGUCUAUAAUCUUGGAACCCCCAGAGUAUUUGCAAAGCUAGCGGACCAAGUUACUUUGUUUGAAACGAGUCAGCAGAACUCCAUGCCUGCACUGAUUAUUAUCAAUAAUAUCUGACCACUUCCUGAAAAAAAAAAAAUCAUGCUAAAAGACAAAAUAAAUGGGAAUUUUUUUUUCUUAUAUUGCUGGUUGACAUUUUGCUGCAGUUUUUGGAAAUAGCACCUCAAACAUCUAACUUGUUACUAAAGAUUGUGUAGGAAAGAAAAUAGCAAAAUAUUCAGACUACUUGUCAAUCUGUUUCUAAAUGCAACGCACGUUGGACUGAAAAUACGUUUAUCCUUUUAUAAUGUACUUCUUCACUGGUAAUUAAGAUAUUCAUAACACAAAAUACUCUUUAACUCCAAAUCUGAACAUACUUGUAUGUCCUAUGCCCUGUCAAAAAUGCAGCUUGACUGCUAUUACAACUUCCAGCAUGGUGUGUUUAAUAUUUGUGGCUGUAUUAGGAUAUGGUUCAGGAAGAAACCCUCAUUGGCUUUUUCCUGUCUGAAGCCAUUAGUCAUGAUAAAUCCCAACCUUACUGUGAAGUUUAAUAAGGUGUCUGAAAUACGUUUCUGUUUCUCAGUUCUUUAGUUAAAAAUUUUGUCUUGAGUUUUCAUGUUUAUGGAAAUUGGUGACCUUUCAGGGUUUACAUACAAGUCCCACCUAAGGUAUUUAAAAAAUAAUUUCUUCAACCAGUUUGAGUAUUUUCUCAUUCAUCUCAACAGAGAAUGCACUAUUUCACAACCAUGCGAUUGUCAUUUAAAUUGUCAUUUGC